AUAAACGGAGUGACACGCCUCUGAAUUCUACAGCCAUGGCAAUGCCUCGCCUUGUGUCGUCUCAGUCCGGGCGCGUGCCCAUCCUGUGGGCAGCAGCCGCCAUUGCGGUGCUCGCUGCGAGCUGCUGCGUCGCGCAGAACACUUCAUGGUCGCAAGGCCGUGCUCGUCUGUUUGUGGCUGAUAACACUCCAGCAUCGCCUGGCGUAGUCGUUGUCGACCUCCCGUCCGGCAACAUCUCGGGCCGCAUCGCCAUGCCCGGCACAUCGCUGCAGCUGGGCGCCUCUCAGGACAAUGCGCACGUUGGAGUGUUCAGGAACCGCGAUAACGACCAGCACUUCCUCACCGUCAUCUCCACCGGCAUCCGACCCAUCGUGCCAGUCACCGUCAAGUCCAGCACCCUGCGCCAGCCAGCGGCGCUUAAGGAGGGUGAGGUGGGCCCCAUGCGGCGCCCCGUGCUGGCCAAGAGCUUCCUUCUGGUUAACGGAUCGGACGGUAUCGGUGGGGUGGAGACCGGCGGCAUGCUGGUGUACCAUGGCGGCUGGAAGCAAUACCUUGCCUACGCCGAAAACCACGGCACCGUCUACACCUACCAGAGCGAGAGCCUGCACGGGUCGCGCCGCUUUGAGGUUCGCUCCACGAUGAAGCUCCCUGUGGGCCACUUCCACGUCCUCCCGUACGGCAACCACAUCAUUGCCCCCCACACCGGCGUCAGCAGGGCCUACAUCCUGGACAGCCGCGGCCGCCAGGUCGGCUCCUACCCCUGCGGCGGCUGCCACGGCUCUGCCGCCUAUGAGAAGCCGGGUCACCUGGCUGCGGUGUUUGGCUGCAACGACUCCGUGCUGGUGGUGCACGGCACGGAGCGGACGGGGCACUACCUGCCCGCCACCUCGCCGCGCGUGGGCAGCUUCGUGUACGGCGCACCGGGUGUUUUCUGGUCUUCCAACACCCUGCAGACAUUCUUCUGGCGCACGGAUGUCCGCGGCGAGGAGCCCGGCCUGACGCGUGUGGCACACCGUGGCGGCCUGCUGCGGCUGGUGGGACUGGAGGGCGCCGGCGGCCACCUGCUCGGCCUGCACAUUGACGGCAACAUCACCAUGUACCACGGCGACACCGGCGCGGAGGUUGUCAGCCUGCAGCUGGAGCCGGCGGGCUACGCCAACCAGACGGCACCGCAGCUGCUGUUCGAUGCCGCCCACUCGCAUCUGUUCGUGUCCGUGGCCCGCACCGCGACCGUGCACGCCGUUGAGAUCAAGAUGGCCCAGCCUGCUUCUGCUGCCACUGCGGGCGCCGUGGAGCUGCGGGUGGUGCGCAGUGUGGUGGUGGGUGGCAUGCCGGGAGCCAUGGCCCUGGCCUACAUGCCUGGCGUGGCGCCGCCCCCCUCCAGCCACUCCAGCUAGAUAUAUAGCGCUAAGGAUGCCCGUAUGGCUAAAUGUCGACAGCAACCAACUACGGUAGUCAACUGCUGGCGAUAAAGGAGAGGCAGUGAAGGUUGCUGUGGGCUAGGCUGUAGGGUGGCUGAUGGAACGAAGAUAGGCAUCCACGGUAGGCACGUGAUCGAUCAUUGCAACGCAGGAUGUCACAUACAUACACACACACACGGUGAUGCAUGUACAGUACGUAGCAACUGGCAGCUCACUUGCUUUCAUACUGAAGCAGUGCCACAAGCGUAGGGCUACAGCACAUGCAGUACAUUUGAAGCAAUGCGAGUUGUGGAUGGGGCAUUACUGGCAGCUGCCAGCUGUAAAUUGAACCCCAGUUGGAUUGCUGUGUCAUACAUGCGUCCACCUCUAUCUAUGAACCUGGCUCCUCGAUAGCAGGCUCAUUCGUAACCAGGCUCAUUUGCAACCUACGUCACACCUCCCAGUUGUAAGCAAGUAUGAACACGCAUGGGGCCUGCCCCGCGUGAGCAUGCCUAGCUUACUCGCACGCACACACGCCGGUCAACAUGGCGCUACCAACGACGACUCCAGCAGCAUUGUUAGAUAGUAGGCGGGUAAGGGGGACUAAAACCCCACACCCUGUCGGCUUAUCCCUUAAUCCACGCCCUGACGUAUGGAAAGGUGUAAUCAUGUUUUGAGCUGAUGGGCUGCGGAGAGUCGGGGCCGCCCAUGUAACACACCCACACAAUAACACUACUGCAUCGUCGUGCACUCGGUGCCAUGCCUCUCUCAGCCACGUUGCCGCCUUCAGCGUCCGUUCGCAAACCUGCUCACGCUAUGUCCAGGCAGCAGCAAAACAGAUAUGGGGGAUUGCGGGCCGUACACGUGCGGGUUAGAACUCUGGAUCCAUCUCCCCACAGACGGCCCGGCGGCGCCCACCAAACGCCGCCCUUUUAAACCAGGUCUGCCCCGCCACGCCUACCUUACUUGCGCCGGGCAGGAACUACCCACCACGCACACCGGUUCAUUCCCCACAUGCUCACACUCUCGCCACUAGUCGCCGCUGCCACACGGUUGCUUUGCGAAUGUCCGCGCGCACGGCAGAGUUCCACUGGCCGUGCGCCGUAAUAAUGUCUUCAAUCGAUACACCCGUGUUCGCAGCUGCCAUCGCCCCGCCGCCCCUGCGCAGGCUGUGAGCCGAGAAACUAGCCGCGUUCGGCUUUGCCUGCGUGCCCUUCCCACACCGCCUGUGGCAGGCUCCAUUCUUAGCCGCCGCGCAAACCACUCCUUCCCCUGCCCCACCGUGCGCAGCCCCACCGCCGCGAAGAGCGGGUCGCCGUCGCCCGCUCCCGCUGCGUGCCGCCACUGCACGUAUCUGCCCACAAGCAAUACUCCCGAUAGGCGGCACGCGGCUGGCUGUCAUCUAUAGCUGCUAGGUGCACUGCCGUGCCCACACGCACCCUGCUGGUCCGUGUUGCUGCACUGAAUCUUCAGCCCCAUCCACCGGCCUUCCGGCUUCUGUUGCCCCACGCCUCCCAGCAGCUGUAGCUAGCGCGGCCAGCAGUUGGCCUCGCCGCAGCAUCCCCCAGAAGCCCAGGGUCAGCCAUCCAGCAAGAGUCGCGGCUGCACAUACACCUCGGCCUGCUGCCAGCGGUUCUGUGCCGCCGCUACUGCCCGCCACGCACCCGACCAGCUUGCGCAGCAUGGCGAGCGGCAGCGGCCGCCGCCGCCGCGCUUUAUCUACUCCUGCAUCAGCCACUCGUGCUGCAGCGCCGCCUCGGCGCUCAGCAGCUGCCGCGUCGCCAGCCGCUGCCGCAGGUCGCAGCCGCUGUCGCUGAGCGAGAAGGACAGGUUAUGAAGCCGUCGAUGCGCCUCUGGUCUGAGCUUAGCGAAGCUGCUUGCAGUUGGGCACGGCCAUCACCUCAAAGGAAGCGCUGACAGUGACUUCCUCAGUUGGCUCGGCGUUUGUCGUGGCCAACCAGUGGGCCACAAGCGUGCAGCUAACCGCGCAUGCUAAAGUCUCGUCCGCAACCUUGCAUGCGUACAGAUCACUGCCAGUGUGGUUGCGGCCGUGACUUGAGCAUGUGCGGUUAGCUGCACGCUUGUGGCCCACUGGUUGGUUACGACAAACGCCGAGCCAACGGAGGAAGUCACAGUCAGCGCCCAGGUAAUGGGCCGGGCCCAGCUGCAAGCAAGAGGCUCAGACCAGAGGCGCAUCGACGACUUCAUAACGUCCCGUCGAUCUGGCGGCCACCUUCAGCUUCUGCUCGUGCACCGCUGCGCAAUUGAAUAUUGAGAGGCGUAGGUGUAUUACAGGGAAGCACAUGUUGAAGGAGCGCACAAGCUGUGAGGUGUAUGCGGAGAUGUGGAGCGGGACAAAGGACGGGGCUAGGGGUCGGGAAGGGCCGUCUGUAAUAGCCGUUCGCGCUGCACCGAGUGCACACCUGUUGAGCCCGCGCACCAUGCAAGCUGACCUUGCAAGCGGCCCUGGCUUGGCCCCA